CGAGAAGGGUGUAUAGAAGUGAAUCAAUUGAAGCGUUAUGUUUAUGAGGUUUAUCAUGAGAAAGACCAAGAUCCUGACAGUACAGAUGCAGAAGCCAGAGCUCAAUAUCCUUGAUGGUCUUCAACUGAUUGAUGAAACUGUUAGAUCACUGGAAAGAAUACGGCACAAUGAAUCGGAAUUGAAUGACCAAAUAGAUGCGAGUGUUGAGUUUGCGAAGACUCUAGGCUCUAAUCCCGAGGAAGAGUUUGCUAGAAAGAGUAAUAAAAGAUCAAGUAGACGUUUGGAUGACAACCCUGAGACUUUGGCAAUUAUGUCACUAAAAACUAAUUAUCGAAAAUGCAUGAUUGAGGUCCUCGAUUCCCUCAUCAGAGAAUAUGGAGAUAACAUAAAAAGUUGUUUGCAAAAAAUAAAACCCUUAGCUGUUAUCCUUCAGCCUCGACUGACUAAACCAAAUUUUGAACAAGUUGAAAAGGUCACCAAACUUUUUCCUCCAUCAAUUAGCGUAGAUUGUAUGUCACUGUAUGCAGAACUUGAGAUUUUUGUUAACUUUGUAAAUGAGACAGAGAAAGAAUGUAAGACAGUCCACGACGCCGGAAACACUGCUUUCAAAAAUAAAGAAAUUUUCCCAAACGUUUAUAAAUGUUACAAACUUCUGUUUACUGCACCAGUAAGUGUGGCUGAUAUUGAAAGAUCAUUCAGCAAAAUGAAAAUUGUCAAGAAUUAUUUGCGUUCAACAAUGAAAGGUGAAAGGAUGGAAGAACUCAUUGUCCUCUCAAGCGAGAAGGAUUUAACAGAUACAAUUCAUCUGGAUGUAGUACUAAAAUCUUGGGCAGCCAGAAAAAACCGUAAACUCAGAUUAAAAUUCAAGUAA